AUGACCUUGGUUUCAGCAGCAUUAAUAGAAAAAUCUGGUCGAAGAAAAUUAUUAUUAUAUUCAAUUUCAUCAAUGAGCUUGAGUAGUACGGUAUUGGCUUUAAGCAUAAAUCAUAAUUGGGGUUUUUUAGCUGCAUUUUCUAUUAUUGCAUUUGUAGCAUCUUUUGCUGUCGGUCUUGGACCUAUACCAUUUUUAAUUAUACCAGAAAUUGUUGAUACUACUGCAGCAGCAACAGCUUCAAGUCUUGGAUUAUCAUUGAAUUGGAUGGCAAAUUUUUUUGUUGGGUUUACCUUUUUGAUUGUUAGGGAAAUUUUAGGUGGCAGUGUUUUUUUCAUUUUCACAAUCUAUUUGUUGUUUGCUUUCUAUUUAACAAGAUUACUUGUGCCUGAAACUAAAGGAAAAACAGUCGAAGAAUGA